CUGCGGUCGUACGUUGUAAUCCGAUAGCAGGGCGAAGGGGCCUCAACAGAUCAAGAUGAAUGGAGUUUGUGAAGGAUGCUAAUGUGUCCUCAGUGCGUCUGUCCCCCUGAGCAGCAGCAUCCACCUCACCCUCCCUCCCUGCGCUCCUCCGAGCACUUGAGGUUGAGGAUGAAGACGCAGAACAUCAGGACCAUCUGUCUCAUCCUGUCCAUCGUUUUCUAUUUGCUUAUAGGAGCCGCAGUCUUCGACGCACUGGAGUCGGAGAGCGAGAGUUCAAAGAAAAAGGCGCUGGAGCAGAAGCUGAACGAGCUGAAGAAAAAGUACGGCUUCAGCGAGGACGACUACCGGGAGAUGGAGAGAGUGGUCCUUCAGUCGGCGCCGCACCGCGCAGGGCGGCAGUGGAAGUUCGCCGGUUCUUUUUAUUUUGCCAUCACUGUUAUCACCACAAUUGGUUAUGGCCAUGCUGCUCCACGCACAGACGCUGGCAAAACCUUCUGUAUGUUUUAUGCUGUCUUGGGAAUUCCUCUGACAUUGGUCAUGUUCCAGAGCCUGGGCGAGAGGAUCAACACUUUUGUUCGCUACCUCCUGCGCAGAGCCAAGCAAGUCCUGGGCUUACGGACGACGGAGGUGUCCAUGGGGAACAUGGUCCUGGUGGGUCUGCUGUCAUGCAUGAGCACCCUGUGUAUCGGAGCUGCAGCCUUCUCCCAUUUUGAGGACUGGACCUUCUUCAAUGCUUAUUACUACUGCUUCAUCACACUCACCACCAUUGGAUUUGGGGAUUUUGUGGCCCUGCAGAAGAAAGAUGCUCUCCAGCAGCGACCUCCCUAUGUGGCAUUUAGCUUCAUGUACAUUUUGGUUGGGCUCACAGUCGUUGGGGCUUUUCUUAACCUGGUGGUCCUGAGGUUUCUCGCUGUAAGCACAGAGGAGCAGGAAAGGCAGCCUAAGGACACGGAGGGGGACAGGGAAGUGUUGGAGACUAAAGCAGAAGCUGCUGAUGCUGGAUAUAAGGAGUGCGAAGACGGACACAGCAGCCUGUGCAACCUGAGCCUUCCCAUGGAGGAGGGCUCCAGCUCUAUGAAUCUCCUCCCGUCUCAUGUUGAGGACCCCAGACAUGUUUUAUCUGAGCACUGCAAGUUCUCUGAACCUAGCAGACUCACGGUCCUGUUCUCCUGCCUCUGCUGCGGCCAGGACAUUUACGACAGCCCUUCUCCACCUCAUCUUGAUGAGGCAGGAGGCCACAGCAACCCCGUCUUUUACUUGAACUCCAUCUCCUACAGAGUGGACCAGGCCUCGUGCAGUUCCUGCACCAUUUCGUCACAGGCCUCCCCCAGCAGCGCAGCUCUCUGUCUGGGCAAGAACAAUUCUCACAACAGGAGGAAGUCUUUAUAGCUCUCUGAACUUUUAACUCACAUCUGAGUGGCCUUUGUUUUGGAAUUUUUGACCACAAAAAUCCUCUAAUUCUGCUGAAUGGCACAAAUAAGGAAGUUUUUCCUGGCCA